AGAUUUCAAUGACUAUUCAAACUUCACUCCAUUUAUGGUUCAAUCGUUUCAGUCAUAUAUUGUCUGCAAAUCCAAUGCCAGCGCAUGACUGCAGUCGAGACUUACGUUAAUGACAUUCACUUGACAUCAUAUCAUACCAUACCUUCACUGUCGAUGACAUCCCAAUCACUCAUAACUACAUUAUUAGAGAUAAUGAGUCACUAAAUAAUGGCUAAAUCGGUGUCAUAUCUGUCAACACAAGUAAACAAACAAACAAAAUAAACACAAGUUAUGCAAACAUACAGUCCCUUUAAAUUUGAAGCAAAAAGUGUGUAGGAAUGCCCUCUAAUGUGGUGCCCUCUAGUGUUACACGAGUUUUGUUUUGUUGUAAAAGUUUUGUUUUGAUAGAAAUGUGACACAAGACGGCGCUAUGUGUAGAGUUCAGUCAUAUUAUGAGCGGUGUAUUGAAUACAUGAAUGCAAUGCACUCUCAAUAGGGGUUGCAAUGAAUGUGACGAUAGAUGGCAUACAACGACAGUAAGCCAUCGAUGGGUGAAAAACACGUGAAUUUGAGACUUUUAAUAUUAACCACACGUUUAGACAUUAAAUUUGAAUUGUCAUUUCAUUUGAUCCUCGAGUGACACAUAACUGUAAUGUCUGUGCAAACGGAUUCAGGUUUCAAAGAAGUCAAGUCCAGAAAAAGGGCGGCUAAACAAAUGGACGUCGAGGUGGUGGACACCAAUGAGACAACGGGUCCAGAAGUGAUGGAUAUAUCGAAACCAUUGCCCGAUUUUAAGCCUAUAUCUGAAGACAAACUUAAGGCAAAUAGUCUUGAAUUUCGCAAAAUAGCGGUUCCGUCGCAUCGAUACACACCUCUGAAGGAGAAUUGGAUGAAAAUCUUUACGCCAAUUGUGGAGCACUUGAAACUACAGAUCAGAUUUAAUCUGAAGAGCCGUGUCAUCGAAAUCAGAACAUGCAAAGACACGCCUGAUAUCAGUUCCAUCCAAAAAGCGGCCGAUUUUAUCAAAGCGUUUAUCUUAGGCUUCGAAGUGGAGGACGCGUUGGCUUUGAUCCGUUUGGACGAGCUCUUCAUCGAGUCGUUUGAGGUCCGCGACGUGAAACCACUAAAAGGCGAUCACUUGUCGCGAGCCAUCGGCCGUAUCGCCGGAAAGGGCGGAAGGACUAAGUUUACCAUUGAAAACGUGACGCGAACUCGCAUUGUGUUGGCCGACAGUAAAAUCCAUAUAUUGGGUUCAUAUCAGAACACGAGGGCCGCCCGAACAGCCGUUUGUAACCUAAUUCUCGGUAGUCCUCCCUCUAAAGUGUACGGAAGUAUGAGACAACUGGCCGCCAGACUGUCCGAGAGGUUUUAGAAUCAUAGCGAAACACAUUAUGUAAAUUUGAUUGAGGUUUAUGUGUCACGAGUAAACAUUUCAAUAACCAUACAAUUUACUUUUCAAAUCACAAUUUGUGACACAAUUUGACCGAUUAUUGUCUUUGGUAUUACCGUUUGUAAAGUUUAUUUGAAAAUAAAGGAUAAAUAUUUUCAUCAUUUUUGUAA